UGGCGCGCGCGCGCCGAGUGCAGGGAGGAGGAGGAGGAUGCGAAGGAGGCGGCGGCGGCAAGAGCAGCAGCAACAACAACAACAACAAAAUGGCGGCCCCGAAGACAAGGCUUGUACCUCGCGGCCGAACAACACCCUCAACCAAGUGGAAGUGGAGACCGCCUUCCAGCAGCUGUAUAAUUCUUUGCUUGGCAAUAAAGAAAAAGUUGAAAAAUCAGCACCAAAGGACAACCAUUGUGCUCACACCACGACACAGAAAGAUUUGUACAACCUCCUAGCAUUGGAGAAUGUCCCCCAAAAUAACCUAAAAAAUGCCUCUCGAGAUGUCCUUAUAACAGAGGAUUCCAUUCCAUCUGAGCAAUUAAGGCUGAGGAAUAGCGACAGUGGCAGAGCCAUCACUAGCACCUGCAGUGCUGAAGCUGCAAGGCUUUCUGCCAAAAGACCCAAUCUGAAAUGUAACACUUUUCCAGGAAAGGCAAAAGCGAACUUGAAGUCAAACACUGAGACUUCAUUCUUUGCUGUGAAGCAACCAGUUCUCCAAGAAGCGGGUCUAAGCCCCAAAAACAGUGAUAAGAAUGAAGAAGGAAUUUUUGAAUUCUCCUCUAAUGAUGAUGCCAUCUCGACAAACUCUGGGGAGGAUUACAGAGAAACGGUCACCUGUGAGGCCUGCUCGGAGAUGUUUUGGAAAGUAGUAAAUAAAAAGGCAACGAAGAAAAAGGGGUGUGCAUCAGGGAAGAAACAACCUUAUGAUCCCACCUCUUUAUCCUGUGACCAAUGGGUCUUGAAAAAACCUUUGUUGCCUAGAAAUCAUCUACAGAAACAUAGAAGAGCGAUUUGGUGCCUGAAGAAACCGAUUGGUGCUUCUGCUCAGAGUGAAGUCACUAGGAAGUGGAUCCCACGGUGUUCCCGGCCUCAUGUGUUUCUGCAGAGGAAUCUACGAUCCUCCAGGAGAAAAGUUGAUGAAUUUCUUGCCAAGCAUAGAAAAAAACAGCCUCAAAAAAAGACGAAAAAAAGAUCAAGGAAGAAAGAGCUAUUUGUUUUCAAGCUUCCCAAAACUCCUGCAUCUUCCAUUGUAAUCUCAGAUAAUGAAGAUUCCGAAAUGGAAAUCAGUACUGUUAAAAGGAAACUAACAACGGCUGUCCUGAGCAGAGAGGACAGGACCAAAAAAGGCAGCUGUGACUUUUCUGCGGACGAUUCGAAUACCUGUGAAAGUGGGUUUUACAGCUCUGACAGCAAAUCGGUGCAGUGUGAGAGUAGCACCUGUACCAACCCUGCAUAUGAUUCCAGAUCUUUGAAUUUUAAUCCAGGAAAAACAGAGCCUGCCUUUUCAUCUUCUGCUUCACCGUGUCCUGAGAAUCAGUUGCAUUCUCCAAAUGGAAAAGCAAAAACAUGGGAAGGAACGCAAAGCAAAAUAAAUUCUAGGAUAGCUCCUCCCAGUUCUUUUGAUUGGUUAAAACCUGGUGGCUUUACGUAUAUGAUUGCUAAGCUGAAGGCUAGAUCUCUGACCUCAUCAGGCAGUGUUGUCAAAGAGACAUGACUUUGCUCUUUCCUUUCAAACUUAAAGUAGUCAGCAUAAAGCUGUUCUCUAUACUCGCACACGCUUGUGUACACAAUUAAUGUAUAACUAAUACUGUUUCUGUUGGAGUAUUUAGUCAAAUCACCAAUUAUUUUAAUUUUGGACAAUUUGACCAAUGUUUUUGUUUAUAUUUAUUAAACAAGCACAGCAGUGAUUAACAUUGCUUUCUUUUUCUAUUGGCUUAGUUCUGAAUUCUCUGCCCCCACUCCCUCAUUCGGUAUGAAUUAAAGUAGAAUUUGUGAAGACCGUUGCAGUUGGUAAUAAAUUGUUUCAUUUAAAAGCUAGUGUUGCAGCCAAGUUGGUAAACGCUUGACUUUCUAAAUGAUCCCAUUUGAAAUUGAAGCCAAGUGCAGCCCACUGACAAGUAAAUGAACAUCCAAUUCUCACCUCGGAUGAAGAGUUACAGCUUCAGUAUCAGACUUUUCCUAGUUUGAUGAAAAUGUACCUGGAAGUUUGAAGACUAUUAAUGUUUACAUGUUGAUCCAAGAUAUACUCAAAAUCACUUUGAAUAGCCCUUUAUCUUUGUUCUUAUCUUGCUAUGAGUAGAAUCUGAUUUUCAAAAUAGCCAGUAUCUAUUUUGGAAAAUUAAUAUUAACUUUUAAAAUGCCUUGCUGCUAUCAUAAGGGAUAUGCUGAGAAAAAGCUUUGUACCUGUUAUACUUCACCUGCACAUUCUUUAGGUUAGGACCAGCUCAAUUGCACAGCAAUACCAACCAUCAGUCAGAUUUCACUAAUUCUGUAAAUCUGAACUUUUCCAUUUUACUAAUGUGUAAUGUUUAGUACCCCAAAUGUUUUUGAAUAAAAUAUGCUUUUUGGUUUUGCAUGCAGUUAAUGUGAAUGGCAA